GAUACUAGUAGAUUUCAUUGUUGAGGGAGUCACUCUCGAUACAACACCAGAAGGAGUAUGGGAGGUAUACAUGGACGACGCGACAAGCAAACAUGGGGCCAGAGCGAGUGUCGUCGUGCGCACCCCGACAGGCGUCGUUCACGAAAUAGCAAUCUGAUUCAAAGUGUUGAAAACAAACAACGCAGUCGAGUAUGAGGCCAUAUUGGCGGGAAUGACGGUCGCCAACGACCUGGGCGCAAGAACGAUCAGGGUGCUAUCCGAUUCUUCUCUGGAGGUCAAACAACUGAACGGGACCUUCGACGCAAAAGAGGACACGCUCGCACAGUACAUGGAGCGUGUCAAACAACGAGCAAGUACCUUUGAAGUGGUGACCUAUGUGAAAAUACUAAGGGAGGAAAACAUGCACGCGGACGCACUAUCCAAGCUAGCAACCGCCACCGACUUCGAAUCGACGCGCCUAGUCUCGGUUCAAAAAGAGGAAGAAGAAAGCCACCGGGACAUCAUGGUCAACACCACGCAAAUAGUGCAGGAAGAAGACUAGAGAGUCCCAAUCAAAAAAUACUUAGAGGACGGUGUGGUGCCAGAAGACACUAAAGAGGCAUGGACCCUAAGGCAGAAAGCAGCCCGCCGCACGCUCAUUGGUGGGGAGCUGUAUCGCCGGUCAUACUCCGGUGUGUACUUAAAAUGCAUCGGGCAAGAGGAGGCGCGCGACCUACAUGAAGGCUUGUGCGCAAUGCACACAUGGGCGCGUAGUAUGGAACGAACUAUCUUGCUGAACGGAUACUACUGCCGCAAGUGAAAAAAGACACAAAAAAUACGCGGACCAAUGCCACAAGUGCCAAGUGAACGCGCUCCAGCAUCAUCUACCAUCGUGGCCCUUCGCGCAAUGGGGAGUGGAUCUCUUGGACCCCUUCCCAACGUCAAAAGGAAAGUGAAAGUACAUAAUCGUGGCGGUGGACUACUUCACCAAGUGGAUCGAAGUGGAAGCACUAGCCUCGAUAACUGCGCAACAGGUGACCCAUUUCCUAAAAAAUAACAUCCUUGCGCGAUUUGGUGUUCCAAACGCGCUAGUAUUCUACCAUGGGAAGCAGUUCGACUGCGCAGAGGUGAUAGACUUUUGCGACCAAGUGGGAGCCAUCGCAAGAUUCGCGUCGGUGGCCUAUCCUCAAGCCAACGGCCAAGCGGAGUCGGCAAACAAAGAAAUUCUACACAGCCUACACACCCACCUUGAUGAGGCAAAAGGAAAUUGGGUAGACGAACUUCACACAGUGCUAUGGGCGCACCGCACCACAUUCAAAGUGGCAAUAGGAGAAACCCCCUUCGCCCUCACAUAUGGCACAGACGCGGUGAUCCCCAUCGAGACGGCUGCACCCACCUAUCGGAUCACGAUGUAUGAUGAGGAGAGUAAUGACCAAGCGCGGCUACUGGAUCUAGAGUUGGCACAAGAGUGACAGGAAUUGGCAGUCAUCAGGCUAGCCGCCACAAAGGAACAAGUAGCAAAGUACUACAAUGCAAAGCUAGUGCCACACAAGCUGAUCCUCGGAGACCAAGUACUUAGGUGGAACUUCCGCCCUGACCCCGGGCAUGGAAACUCGCCUCAACAUGGGAUGGCCUAUACCUGAUCCGCGAGGUUAUUGGCGCCAACACAUUCAAGCUCAGCGAAUUGGGGGGCAUGAAAAUCCCAAGGACGUGGAAUGCGCAGAACCUCAGGAAAUAUUGCUGCCCCAGUUGAUGUGUAUCUUGUUCACAGUAGCGCUUUUUGCGCGAGGAAAUAAAUGCAAAGUUCGACA